AGUGUGUAUCGCUUCUUCGUUCCUAUUGUAGUCCGUGACGUGGACCGCUCAUACAGCAAGUUUCCGUCGUCACACAGACACACACACACACAAACACACACGUAAGCACAAACACAUUUAUACUUCCGCCACGCUUUUGUUUUUCUCUACUUCCUCCUUGGUGGAGUGUAUUGAUAGGUUUCUGCUACACAUAGCAUUCACGUUUCUAUCCAUCAUCUAUUCAACACUUUAAAUUUCCAUACAAAACGCGCUUCGCCACUUUUUCCCUUUUCCUGGGUUUGUUUUUUCCGUCUUCUUCACUCUGUUUUGUUGCGUUAUUUCUCCUUUUGGUUGCGGUGGCGCGCUCAUUUCUGGUGACCAGGUUUUUAUUGUUAGUAGCUUUCUUUCUGUGUUUUCCUCGUUUCUCUUUACUCUUUUUUUUUUUCAUCUACUCGCGUCUCAGCAGCAUCGAAUCGUCGUGUUUCUGUGCUUUACCAUUUUCUGUGUCUUUUCUUUCCGUCUGCUCGUGCUUGAUGAAAUACGCGGCGCCACAAAAGUUUUUAUUUCCCUCUCGCAGAUUGUGUCGUGGUUGUUUCGGCGAAUGUAAAGAAAGAAAAAAAGAUGAAACACAUACUCACAUACACACACUAUACAUUGUUUCAUUAGGUGCCCGCGACUGACCGAUUGUUGUUGUGCAGGCGCUGCGUUGUGCGUUGACAGCGUUCAGUCUCUCUUCCUUUUCCCCUUUCCGUUCCCUCCUCGCAAUUCUCCUUUGCGCACAGCUCAACUUCACUAACUUGUAACUAACUUUCUGUCGCGCAAAGGAGAAGAAAACAACAAAAAACAUUGCAACCGCAGUAAGCCUCUCUUUUCUCAUUUGUCUUUUGGCUGUGGUUUCCUCUUUCCUCGUUGCUUCUCUUCUCUUUUUUUCCUUUUCAUUUUCGCCAUUCUUGCUGUUGUGAAUCGUUAGCCUCGCUGGCCAGCGUAGGCGGGUGUAGGUUCAUCACCUCUUUAUCCGCUGGUUGCAUUGCACAGCGCAUCUCACACAGAAAGACGGCUGUAGAACGCCGACAAGUGAAAUAAGAAAACACCAAACAACCAAAGGAAGACAAACAACUGCAUUUCUGCUGUCUGCUGAUUUUUGUGGUGAAGCAGCAAGGAAAGAACAACAACAACAAACAAAAACCGCGCUGUACUCCUUGCCACAUCUUUUCUUAUUAAGCGACUGUACAGCUUUGCCAAAAAGAAAAGGGGGGGGGGGAGGAUAAGAGGUCUCGAUACACGUUGCAGUGUUGCGGUCGAUGCGAAAGACACAUAAUUAUAAAAGAACAGAAGCUGUCUUUUCCUCCACUCUCUAUCUAUCUAUAAAUACAUAAAUAUAUAUAUACGUUUAUCUUUUCUGUUUCCAAAUCGCCUUUGAGAACCGCAUCGGUUCUGUUUCUUUUUUUUUUUUGGCUUUUUGAUCUCCGCGGACUUUUUGGCAAAGCACUGCGUUGUCGUUUUUACUACUGUUUUUGCUGGGCGAACGUGCGUGUCGGUAGUUCACUGCCUUCACCAUUCUUCUUUUUCUUUUUGUAUAUUAAAAUAGUAUCGUGCAUCUUAAUUAGCAAAACUGUCGAUCGUGCCUAUCGUCUACACCGGUCCGACCACGACCGGGUCGACGAGCAAGCCGGUCUCUCGGCCUUCUUUCUUGCUGGAGCCCAAGAAGAAGAAGAUGUCCUGUUACUGCGUCGAGGAGGUGGACCUGAACAUCUUUCGAGGUGUCUUUACGGAGCAGUGGCUUAAUGGGAAGAAACACGAUAAUUGUCAGGAGGCGUUGUUCUUCUGUACCACCUGUGGUCCCCCCGUCCUGCAAGAUGGCAUUCGAUCCACUGCAAAUGGUACGAAGCACCACUCACACCCCACCUCCGCCGGGCAAACCCCCGAUAAGAAGGCGAACAGCAGCAAGUCACGACUUGGCAGCACCCUGAAAAAGAUAUUUCUCCCUUCGAAGAAUGCCUCCAAGACGGACCUGAGCGCCAUGACGUCCAAGUCAGUCUCGUCCACCCCGCUGCGAGAGCACUCAACACGUUUGAUAUCUGCCGAGGAGGAGGAGCUGCCGACCACGCCGCGCACCGAGAAGGAGUUGUACCUUUGCGUUACCUGCGGGUGCUGUUACUGCCGCGACCACGCCUGCGAUCACCACUAUAGCCGCCGCGAUCGUCCUGGAACGGGCAGCGAGGACCCCGACGCACCGGACAAGGGCUACCCCUAUCAUUCGUUCUUCAUAGGCGUGCCCAGCUAUGUGAGCACGCACCCGUCGCACGCACUGCCGGAGACUUCGUGGGGGCUUUUGUUUCCCACCGUCACGGUGCCCGAGAUUGAGUGCGGCACCGUCGACUUGACUAAGCCGAUGCCGUUUUACACCAAUUUCGAGGAAAUCUGCGAUGCCAGCGCGGCGUGCGGCGGUGGUGGUAACGCGCACUCGACUAGCAGCUUUGGCGCGGGAGGCCACAGCUUUAGUAGAGGGAGGAACAGCGCCACCUCCAGCCCGGGGCACACGCGCGUGUUGAGUACGCUGGGAAGCAGCGGCUUCUUCGACAACAACGGCUCACCCCUCUUCCAACAGAAAACGACCAGCUUUGUCAGCUUGAGAGAUGAUGUGCCGGAGAAGACGCUGCUGAGCCCCCUCGACCCCGGCACCGGUCUCCUCUCCCCACCCAGCUUCUACUCCAGUCCAGCGGAGAAUUGGUCGUACUUAAUGUUCUGCGCCAAAUGCGCGGAUAGGCAGGCGGUGCGACUGCAGGGCAAGUCAUGCGAUAAUGACGUGUCUCGGCAGGCCCACCUGCGGCGUCUCGGCCAGCUCACUGCCCUCCUCUCGUACUUUUUCCUGCGCGGUGUACGGCUGGAGUUGACGCCGGAGUUCGAGGUCUACACGGCGCAGAAGCGCGCACAGCAGGUGGAGCGGCAACGGCAGCUGCAGCGCGGGUACCGAUCUGGCGAGAUGCAGCGAGUGGCGAAGUCGACCGAGGCGGGUGCGACGGACUUGCAUCAACUGAAGUCCUCGUCCACGAUAGCGAGCUCGCCGACGCUGGCGAACACGCACCUCGCCACCGGUAUAGGGCUGCUCUCACGCACAGAGACAGACCACGUCAUCACACGCGCCUCCAUCUGCGGCUUCUCCAACACGAGCUACCUCUGCUACAUGAACUCCGUCGUGCAGUGCCUCCUGCGGUGUCGCCACUUCACACGUCCCCUGCUGCUGCUGGAGUCGGGUGCGUCGCCCGGCAAGCUGACGUCGUCCAUGGUGCACCUGGUGCGACAUGUCUCUCACCAGACCUACCAGGAUGUGCGCAACGGCGCCGUGUAUGCCUACGUGCGUGCGCUGCACUCGCAAGUCAACCACAUUAAUUCGCUCUUUGCCGAGGACGAGCAGCAGGAUGCGCAGGAGUUUCUUAUUACGCUGCUGAACGGCAUUGAAGACGAGUUUAAUAAGGCCAAAGUGCCAGGCCAGAAAGCUGAGGCGCGCCGCGUCAGCUUUGAGAGCACACUUGUGUCGGAGGUGUCGUGCCUGCAGUGCAAACACCGCGUGCCGCGCAGCGAGAUGUUUAUGUCCCUAUCGAUUCCUAUAGAAAAAAGCAUCGAGGAGGGAGUCGCCUCCCUCUUCACCACCGCUACGCUGACCGGCAAAGAUCGCUACGCGUGCGAGGAGUGCUUCAAGAAGCUUUCGGGUAAGGAACAAGAGGCGCACAACGCGCUUGCCGCGGCGCAGGCAGAGGCGGAGAAGAAGGCGAAGGUGGAGGGAAAGAAACUGACAGCGGAGGAGCGAGCGAAGCGGGUCUACGCGAACAGCUUGUACAGAGAGGCCGAAGUGCACACCUCCAUCUCACACCUCGGCGGCAGUCUCGCGGUGCAUCUCCUGCGCUUCCACUACGACAUCGAGGCGCAGGACUUCAUCAAAAACCUUAGCCCGGUAAAAGUGUCUCUCACCCUGGACCUCACCCCGUACGCGAGCAAGCAGGUUCUGGAGGCGUACAAGCACAUCGACAAGGUGGAGCUGCUGCUCCGUCGCUUCCCCACCGCGUCCACCAGGUCGGUGGCGACGUAUCUGGUGGCGGCUAACAACGACGUCAAGGCGGCCACGAAGCGAAUGGUAGACGACGGCCUGGGCGUGCUGGAUGUGCAUUCGCGAGCAAACAGCAGCUUCGGCGGCGGUGGCGGCCGUGGAUGCUUGUCACCUAACGGCAAAGGCGACGCCGCCUUUACCGACGAGGUGAUCGGGUCGAACAUGGACGGCAGCUCCCUGUCCUCCGUCUCCUUAACCCCCAUCAGUGCGGCCGCACUAUCGAAGGACAAGACGGACGGCUCCAUCAGCGCGAGGGCGGCGGCACGCCGGUCAAACUCCGCCGGCACGGCCGCCUCAAUCCUCGCCAUUACGCGGGAGGACUUCGACCCCUUCGGUGAGCGUCGGGCGCCCAUGGCGUCGUUGGUGCGCCACUUGGUGGGCAUCGUGGCCCAUCGUGGCUCCCUGCACGGGGGCCAUUACGUCGCCUAUGUUCGUCACGCGACCCGCCCGCAUGUGUGGUUCCGCUGCGACGACGAGGACAUCGACGUAGUGGAGGAGAGUUAUGUGCUCGACCACGAAUCAGAGGUCUACCUUGCGUUUUACGAGUGA